AACUGCAUCACCUCGUGGGGCCAGGCCUGUCUGAUUCACUGCCAAGCUAACCAGAAAACCUAAGGCUGAAGGAGAUACCAUCAGAGUGGAGAUGUGAUUUAGCGUUACUGCAGGCACACCUCGGAAAACAAAGAGCAACAGCCAAAAUAAACAAGAUGGGUAUCUUCAGGAAGCCUCUCAGCGUGCCUCUUUCCUCCUGGAAAGCAGUGGGGUUCUGCUGUGAUGGGUUCUGCUGUGAUGGGCACUGUGAAAGGUGGUGGGCUGCCUGGAGCACAUGGCGUCCGUCUGUUUGUCACCAGUUUGGCUGCAGUCUCUCCAUUGUUCUCAAUUCGUGUCCUCCACGCUCUGGGUUGAACUCAGGCUUUUAACAAUGGCUCCUCAGUGCCCUCCCCGAUGUCUGCAGCUCCCACACACGAGUGUUGAGUGGUGACAAGAGUCAAUGUGCCGGCUUAGCAUGGCUGCUUGUUGGAGUGGCCCGUGACUGAUGAGCUGGGCAGAGGAACUCCUGGGUUUGUUUUGUGCCCCGAUGCUGUUGGGUGUUUUCCAUCUCACAAUUGGGUGGAUUAGCCCCGUGUCUCUGUUGAGCUGUAUUUUUCACCCCUUGUGGUUUCCCACAGCUCCACUUUUCAGACUUCCAUUUACGCGGCUGCUGCCUCCCACCCAGUGCACAUCCCUGCUGAAUAUUUACUUAUUUUUUUCUCUGCCCUUUUAAGGCACUGCUUGUUUGCAAGGUAAUGCAAGAUGUGGCAACCCCUUCUUUCCUUAUGUUCACCUGCAGACACAGCUGGCUCCAAAACCAGCUCUACAGGAGCAGAGAGCAGCAGAGGGUGCUCUUGUGAGCUGGGUGCCUGCAGAGCCUGCUUGCAGACAAGGCGGGGAGAAGCCCAGCCUGCUGCUGGGUGAAACAACAAGCUCUGCAGGUCAGGAAGCUGUGGUCUGCAUGGUAUCUGCACAGAGCUGCCUGCCGAGAAUGAGCUGAAGAGUGGGAGAACUUGGAUCGAGAUGCUCGGAGUGUUUGGGAGCCCCUGAUGAGGAGCAGGCUUGUGGUUUAAAGGAGCCAAAGUUCUCAGUUGACUGGCAAGGAGGCAGGCAUGGCUGGAUUCCUGUUCUUCACGCUCACCAGUUUCUGAGGUUCUGCAAAAGCUCAGCCCUGCAGCACUCACAGAAGCGGUGCCCCAUGGCUGUGACCAACAAUGAGGGGCUGCUGGGACCCCCACCCCUGGUGGCCCUCGCUGUACUGGCCCUGCUGGGAGGCCUGGUUUACCUGUGCACCCUGUGUGCUGCCUGCCGACGCCACGGCAGGAGAAAGAAGGUCCCUCCAGACGGCGUGAAGCUGGUGGAUGAGUCCCUGCUCAGACAGACACAGCUGCGCUCGCUCAGCAAGUCGGACACGAGGCUCCAUGAGCUGUACCGCCUGAAGGCCAAGGACAACAACCAGCGCCCGGCCAGCCUGGAUUUCCCCCUCUCCUCACUGCCUCCUGACUCCCCGCACAGCUCCGUCCUCCUGCACCGCCAGCUGCCCCUGAUCCCCAGCUCUGAGACUGCAGCUCCCGACCAGACCUACUCCAACCUGCUCUUCGCCCCAGCGCAUCGUGCGCCCCCAGACACGCUCUACGAGUGCCUGGCAAUGGUUGGGGAUGAUGCACCUACUGCCACUGGGACCCCAGCGUCCCCCCCUCGGAUCAGGCAAGGGGCUGCUGACUAUGCCUGCAUCCGGAAGGUGAAGAAGACGGUGCCAGAGGAGCAGGAGGGGGCUGUGGUGGGACCCUCUGCAGCCCCACAGUGCUGGGAAGGUGCAAGCGAUGCGCCCCGUCUGAAGCUGGAAGAUAUGUACUCAACAGUGUGCAAAGCCACCAAGAAGAGGAACCAUGGCCCUGCAGCAUCCCCCAGGGACGGGGGAUCCGUGCGGCCACCCCCACCCCACGAGGAGCCUCCCCCAGCUGCCUGCUGGCCCACGGCCCCCCCUGAGCCCUGCUAUGAGGCCAUCAAUGACAGAGCCUGGGCUGCACGUGGCCCUGAGCCGGACUAUGAGGCUGUGGACGUUCGCUGGAAGAAGGCAGCAAAACGGGAGCGGCCGGGGAAGCCUUCCCAGCAGGACAACCUCUAUGAGAGCGUUGGUGAUAUGUGGGGAGGGGAAUCUCGGGGAGCUUCUGGCUGGACCGCUGCCAAUGGGCUGCAGGUGUACAUCACCAACCUAUAGCAAUCCUAAGGCGGGCAGGUGGACGGACAGAUGGAUGGAUGGACAGAUGGAUGGAGGUUGGGCACUGAGGCUCUGCCCCGCAAGGUGGGGACGGGCACACAGCUGUGCCAUAUGUGAGCUCUGUAUAUAUUUUGAGUUACUUUUCUUUAAGCAUCCUUGUCCUGUCCCACCUGGUGCCAGCAGGUUGGCACUGAGGUGCCCCAGCCGGGUGGGCUUGGUGGGAUGCCUGGUGCUACCUCUGGUGUUCCAUGGGAACUCCAGGUGGGGUUGGGGCCGUUGCCAUGAGGCAGCCCCAGGCAUGGACUGUAGGACUGGCUCACCCAUCUGCAGAGAUGCUGGAGCAGAAUGGGGCCCUUCCAGCAGUGGGAGCCAUGAGCAGCUCCACUCCAUCUCCCAGUGACCCCGAGGUUACUAUGGGAUGGCUGCACGUCCCCACUGUCCCCUGGCACUUUCCACCUCCAUCACUUUUGGGCAUAUGUGACACCUCCAUGAGCAGCAUCCUACAAACCCGUUGCUUUAUCAUUUGUCCUGCUGGUAAGAAAACACCUUUAAACUCCAUCCCAAACCCUCACCCGUGGUGGCACCGUGGCGGGCUCACAGUCACGUGCCAGACCUGCACCGAUGCUCCAAAACACCUGCAUGGCUGCAGCCAGCAGCUGCUGCCGCAGUGGGACCAGGCAGGGUCGUGUCACAGCGGUGCCAAAGCCGGGGCUCUGCCUACCCUGAUGCUGCAGCACAGGAGGGAAAGAAGGAAGGAAACUGUGCGCCCGCCUCCUCCAGAUUCUGCCCUCGAUCGAAGCAGACGAAGAGCUGAAAACCGAAAACACGGCGCUCAGCAGAAUGCCGGGGACGUUACGCCCUGUGCACGGGGAGGAACGGGGUGCUGGCGCUGAGAUGAACCGGGUGCCAAACCGCAGCGUGCAUCGAGCACAGCCGGGCCCAUCCCCCUGCGAGAUGGGGGCCCGAUAGGAAAGGGCACGGGGCGGGGCGCGGGGAUGCUGCGCACGUGGGCUCGCUGCUGAGCUGCUGCGUGUCCCUGCCCCAUUUUCCCCAUCCCUAUUUUCACCACCUUCUCCAUCCUCUUUUCCCCAUCCCUUUUUCCGCAUCUCUAUUUUCCCCGCGUCUCCUUUUCUCCACCCUCCUCCUUCUCCUUCCCCAUAUUCCCCAUCCCUAUCCUUCUCCAUCCCUUUUUCUCCAUCCCCCCCGAUCCCCCCUCCUUUCUCCACCCCUGUUUUCUCCACCCCACUCCCCAUCCCACCACGUGCUGCAUGUUGUACGGUGCAGUGCUGCAUGCCAUGCGGUGCUGCAUGCUACAUGGUGCUGUAUGCUCUGCUGCACCCCAUCCGGUGCUGCACCCCAUACCCUUCUCCUGCCCAUGCAGCCCCCAGCCCCACCUGGGGGGCUCUGUACCCCAGCACAGCUCAUAGGGCCUGUAUGUCACUAUACAGCCCCUAUAGUCCCACACCCCCCUUGUGCAAUGCACCCAAGGUGCUCAGUUGCACAAUGUGGGCUCGAUCGCUCUG